AUGAACGCAUGCGCACGAUUGGUCACUCUUCACCAAGACCUCGCAGAACUUAAUGAAAAGACAGAAAAAACAAAAAUAACGAUCAAAAAAACACUGAAAGAAAUCCGGGCAGCAGACAAAUUGACACAAAAAGACAAAGCAAUAAUAGAAAAGGUAAAAGCGGAAGUUUCAACCUCUAAAAUUCUUGAGCUUUCACUGGGCACAAAUGAGGUCAAACUGCCAGAGAAAUUGAAGUACAAGUACAAAAGUGACUAUGAAAAAUUUAAGCUAACUUCAACAAUUACCGUUACAAUUUUAACCCUUUUAAACCUUCUAGUAUUUCAAAACAAGAUAAUGGACACAAUCCAGAUACUCAUACAAAUAUACAUAUACUCUACCCUCACAAUACGAGAGCAUAUUCUAAUUAAUAAUGGAAGUAAUAUAAAGAUGUGGUGGAUAAUCCAUCAUUACAUUUGUAUUAUUAUUACAGGAAUGAUGCUGACCUGUCCAGAAGAAUCAUUUUCUUUCAUUAGAGUUCCCGUGCUUAAGUUUUUAUUUGUACUCUCUUGUUCACAGGUCGUACAGUAUCAAUACCAAAUGAGAAGACUUUACAUCCAUCGAGCUAUAAAAAAAGCAGACCCACUGGAAAUAACAAGUGAUGUAAUGAAUGUGUCUUUAAUGGCGAAUUUAUGGGUGGCUGUUGGUAUUUUAGUCCUAUUUCAAUUUAUUCAAAUGUACGUAUCUUAUUACAUAUACACACUGCAUGUGAUUCAUCAGUGGAAGAAUUAUCAGCCACUGAUAGGUGCAUUGCUUAUAUGUGCUAUGUCAUUUGGAAAUACUUUUACUAUCUUUUACACUUGUUAUAAUAAAGGAGUUGCUCCUAAAUAGAGGAAACACC